AUGGGGAGCCCAGGGCGCGUGGCGACGCCUCGUGCGUGGGAGCCGAGGUCGAAGCACUGCUCGGAGCUGGGGGAAGUGGCGGCUUACGUCCCCGACCUGCUUUUGUCUGAGGACUUGAAGCAGGAGAGCCGCUGCGUGGAGAACUUCCACGGCGUGCUCCUCUUCGCGGAUGUGUCCGGUUUCACUGCUCUGACGGAGAAGUUCAGUCAGAGCAUCAACCUGGACCAGGGCGCGGAUGAGGUGGCGCAGACCCUCAACCAGUACAUGGGGGACAUCCUGGAGGAGCUGCUGGCUUUUGGAGGGGACGUCCUCAAGUUCGCAGGGGACGCCGUGCUGGUGCUGUGGCGCGUUCGGCAGACGCAGCUGCGGGACACCGUCGGCCUGGUGCUGCAGUGCAGCCAGCAAAUCCAGGCCAAGCACGGCACCCGCGACACGGACGUGGGCCUGAAGCUCCGCCUGAAGAUAGGCGUCUCCGCAGGGCACAUGUCCUUGCUGACCGUCGGAGACAAACAGGAGCAGCGCUUCCUGAUUGUCGGCCAGGCCGUGGGGGACGUUUGGCAGGCCCAAAACCUCGCCAGCGCCGGCGACGUCAUCCUGUCCGCCGGCUGCUGGGAGCUCUGCAACCAGAGCAGGGUCAAGGCCAAGUGCCUCAAAGGCCAGAAGGCUGCUGUGAAGGUUACAGGCGUGGAACGGAUGUCUCUCUCCGAGCGGGAAGACAUCUCCUCCAAGGUCGCCCGAGCGCGGCUGAGCUCCUGCUCCCCUCAGCAGCCAGGCGUCCUGAGGCCUGCCGUUACCCUGGCCCCUCGUCGUGCCCUGGGGAAGCUGCUGCGCAAGUACCUGCCAGCAACGGUGCUGAGGAAGCUCGACGACGGACAACCCCUGGAGUACUUGUCUGAGCUGCGGCCGGUCACCUGCCUCUUCGUCAAGCUGCAGUUUGCUGCCCGCGUCAACCUGACGCACAUCUUCAAGGCCAUCCAGGACAGCAGCGUGCUGAUGUCGGAGAUCCUCCGUCCGCACAAGGGCGAGAUCAACAAAAUCUCCAUGUUCGACAAAGGCUGCACGUUCCUGUGUGUGUUCGGACUGCCCGGACAGAAGGUGCCCUGCGAAAGCGUUCACGCCUUGGAAAGCGCCGUUAAAAUCUCCAGGGCGUGCUUGUCGAGGCCGCGGAAAAUCGAGGCGGUCUCCGUCGGGGUCACCAGCGGCACCGUGUUCUGCGGAGUCGUCGGCCAUCGCGUGAGGCACGAAUACACAGUCAUGGGCCAGAAGGUGAAUUUGGCAGCUCGGCUGAUGGAGCACUACCCCGGGGUAGUGUCGUGUGACGCCGCAACCUACGCCGCCUCCCGGCUGCCCCGCUCCUACUUCAGGGAGCUGCCGGAGGCCAAGAUGAAAGGGGUUGUCGAUCCUGGCACCGUCUACCAGUACCUGGGGAUCUCGGAGAAGCCGGUACUGGGCACGGGUGUCCCGAAGGCGAGGUCCGAGUAUUCCCCGUUGCUCGGUCGGGAGAAGGAGCUCGCCCUCUUUGAAAGCCACCUGAACGCCUAUGUGGCUAGGAAAGAAAGCCACAUCCUGGCGUUUGAGGGCGCGAUAGGCUCCGGGAAGAGCCACCUGCUUAGCGAGCUGGCCUGCUUAGGGCAGGCCGCUGGGCACAGGGUAGUGGCUGUGGAGCUGACGGAGCUAAACCAGCGGCAGGUCUUCUCGGCCGUGCACAUGGUGCUGGCCAUGGCCAUGGGCCUCCAGGCCUGUAAAUCCUGCAGCGCCAGACAGCUCGUCCUGCAGGAAAAGCUCCGAGGGCUCGUGGAAGAGAGCAGCUACUGCCUGCUCAAUGUGCCCUUCCUGGUUAAGUUCCCACUGUCGGAGCAGGUGUCCAAGAUGAGCGGUGCUCAGAGGACAGUGGAGUUGGAGUCGGUCUUCAAGAAAGUGCUGCAGAAGACCGUUGAAGAAGACGUUGUCCUGUUCAUCAUCGACAACGCCCAGUACAUCGAUCCUACCUCCUGGGCUGCGAUGUCGCACGUGCUCAGGGACGUCCCGAUCUUCCUGGUCGUGGGCUUUGCUCCCGGGCGCUGUGGAAGGGAGAGGCUUUGCAAAGCAGCUGCUGACAUCGUGAAGCUGCAGCAAACGACGUAUGUCCAGCUGGAAGAGCUGCAGCCUGCAGCUGUCGUGCAGAAAGCCUGCCACGACCUGGGAGUGGUCAGCGUGCCCCGGGACCUGGAGACGUUCCUGAUGCAGAGAAGCUACGGGAUCCCGUAUUACUGCGAGGAGCUGCUGAGCUACCUUCGUCGGCACGACCUGCUCCUCUUCCAGCAGCAGCGGAAGCAGGAGAAAGCCGAGGCCAAGUGGGAGAAUCUCUUCAGGAUUGCGCUGGCUGAGCUGGACAGCAUGAAGCCCUCCGAGCGGAUGGUGUUGAAGUGCGCAGCCAUCAUCGGGCGGACGUUCACCCCCGAGCUGCUCUUCCACCUCCUUCCCAGGUGGACCAGGACCAAGAUGUACAAGACCUUGGAUGUCCUGGUGAAGGGCAACUGCCUCAAGUGGCUGAGUGCUGACGAGGUGGCAGAGGACAGCAGCGUUGCCACCAAGGGAUCCUCCAGCUCUCUGCAGGAAGCGAGCGAUGCCCCGAAGGGGUCCGCGGGCGAGAGCGAGACCGCGAGGCUGCGGCGCGGCGUCCUGGCCUUCUGCGCCCCGCUGCUGCGGGAGGCUGCCUACGAGCUGUGGCCCAAGGCGCAGAGGGUGGCCAUGCACGGCAAGUGCGCGGCCUUCCUGGAGAGGCGGGCGCACAAGUGCCGGUGCUGCGGCGGGGGGGACUUUGUGCCCUUCCACCGCUUGGCCGUCGGCGGCAGCAGCAGCAGCCAGGAGGGAGAGAGCUGCGACGGCACCGCCAGCGAGCGCUGCUCGCCCCGCCGGGAGGCCUCCUUGGCGGCAGAGGAGGAGCUGGAGAGGGCCGCGCUCCGCACCGCUCCAGAUGCCGCAAAAGGUGCGGAGGAAGAGGAGAGCUGCACGGAGGAGACCUCUGGGGAGGCAGAGCGGUUUGCAGUGCAGGCGGAGCAGGUGCCUGCGGUGCCCGGCCAGAGCAGAGGGACGCCCGGGGCCGCGCGCUCCUGCGAGUGCAAGGCCGUCGUGGAGCUGGUGCUCGUGCCCCUGGCUCACCACCACACGGCAAUGGGCAACGAUGCCAGAGCCCUCUACUAUCUGCUGGAGAGCGCGGCUGCCUGCUUGCACGUCUCCGACAACUACCUGGCCUUCACGAGCCUGCGCAAAGCAGAGGCCCUGAGGAGCUCGGCGGUUAAGAAAGCCUCGGUGCCGGCCUGCUUUGAAGAAGCCACCUUCCUGAGCCUGCAAGGGGAGGUGUGCUACAACGUGGGACGCGUGGAGCUGGCCAAGACGACCCUCAGGAAGGCGCUGAGCCUGCUGGGCCGGAAAUUCCCGGGCACCUCGGCUGGCGCCUUCUUUCAGCUCCUUCUGGAGCAGUCGGCACACGCCUCUCACCAGAAGAGCAGAGGCUCCUGCCCUCCCGCAGAGGCAGGGACGGAGAGGCUGCCCUGGCUGUUCCAGCAGAGCCGCUGCCUUUCCUUGCUGCGGCAGCUCUUCAGCCUGGAGAACACUUCCAGCGGCCGGAGGCUCUCGCUCCUCGCAGCGCUCAUGAGGGUCAACGCGGCCGAGGAGUCCGAGGACGCGAGUCACAUCCUCGCGUCCUACCUGGAAUACGUGCAGUGCUGCCAGGAGCUGGGCCGCCAGGAAGAGCGGCUGGAGAGCGGGCGGGCGGGCGGCCGUCCAGCUUAGCUCCGGCGUCGAGCCCUUUGGAGGAGGAGGGGCGUUAACCGCGGCAGAACUGGCCCAGGCCCUGUCCCGUCUGCACCUCAGCCUGGGGAAUCUGCCCCUCUCUGUUGACCUGCACGGAGCUGGAGAAGCCCGACCUGGACCGGGAGCUUCCAGGCACGCUCUUCACGGCGCUCCUUCUCCAGAUGAGGUAAUGCUGCCGCUGGACGCGGUGCGGUGUCGGGGGGCCACCGGAGAUCCUUUGGGCCAGGGCCACGGGAGCCUUUCCCCGGAGACGUGUUGCCAAAAGAUGAGUGGGUGAAAAGAAGCGCGAUGGGAACUCCCCUGGAGGUUCUCCAGGAGGAGCACAGAAGGGGGAGAGACGGGUAAGGAGAAGCGGGGUGGGACGCGUGCCAGGGUGCGGAGCUGAAUCCCACCGCGCGGAGCUGCUCCCUGGGGCUCACUGCGUGCCUCCGCAGGUGCCCGGAGCGUGCAGGAGCGCUCUCCCGGCUGGAGAAGCAGCUGGCUGGAGAGCCCGGGAUCGCUGGGCAGGCGCGCUGCUUCUUCUGCUGCCGGGACCUCUUGCUUUAUGCUGGAGCGGCGGCUCACGG